AUGUCAAGCCAAAAUGACAGCUCUAGAAUUACUGAAUUCAUUCUCCUUGGACUCACAAAUCGUCCUGAGCUACAAUAUAUACUAUUUGUGAUUUUCCUUGUAAUCUACAUUUUUACCCUGUUAGGAAACCUUGGCAUGAUUGUAUUGAUCAAACUUGAGCCUCGUCUUCACACUCCCAUGUACUUUUUUCUUAUUAAUUUGGCUUUUGUAGACUUGUGCUAUUCUUGCAAUGCAACCCCCAAGAUGUUGGCAAAUUUCUUAUCUGAAAGGAAGAGCAUUUCCUUUGCUGGUUGCUUUGUGCAGUGUUACAUUUUCAUUGCUUUGCUGCUCACGGAGUUUUACAUGUUGGCUGCCAUGGCCUAUGACCGCUAUGUUGCCAUCUGCAGCCCACUACACUACACGGUGAAAAUGUCCAGGAAAGUCUGCAUCUGCCUGGUCACCUUUCCCUAUAUUUAUGGUUUCUCUGACGGUCUUCUCCAAUCCAUCCUGACAUUUCGCAUGUCCUUCUGUAGAUCCAACAUCAUCAAUCACUUCUACUGUGCUGAUCCCCCUCUCAUCAAAUUGUCUUGUUCUGAUACCUAUGUCAAAGAAUAUGCCAUGUCCAUCUCAGCUACAUUCAACCUCUCUAACUCACUUGCCAUCAUUCUCAUCUCCUAUGCCUUAAUCUUGGUAUCCAUUUUCCGUAUGCACUCUACUGAGGGAAGGUGGAAGGCCUUUUCUACCUGUGGCUCUCACAUAAUGGCUGUUAUUUUGUUUUAUGGAACUCUCUUUUGCAUGUAUGUGAGGCCACCCACUGAUAAAAGUGUUGAGGAAUCCAAAAUCAUAGCUGUGUUCUACACUUUUGUGAGUCCUGUUCUGAACCCACUCAUCUAUAGCUUAAGAAAUAGAGAUGUGAAAGCAGCUUUGAGAAAUGUACUUAGGAGGAACCUACUGAAGAAGUCAGUUUCAAACAUAUCAUAA